GUAAUAUAUGCAAUGCAUUUACUUGUUAAAGUUAUAUUUUAAUCACUGCAUGCGUGAAUAUGUAAUGAAACCUCUGUGCUUAGGAAAUGGGUGCAAGCACUAGAUUGCUUUCUCAGUAAAGGUAGUGCGAACGGCACAGUUUUACAUAUAAUGAUGGAGGCCAUCAUCUUAGCUGAGAAAGCCGGCUUAAAAGUCGAUGCAAUUGCCAAUGAUGGUGCAUCGUGGAACCGUACGAUGUGGGAUUUGUUUGGUGUUACGGAAGAUUGCGUCAGUAUAGAGCACAUCGUUGAUCCAGAACGCAGAUUAUGGUUUAUUUCGGACUUUCCACAUCUAAUAAAGUGUCUGCGCAAUUUCUUUUCGAAGCAAGAAAAAUAUGCUAACGUUUGGGUAAAUAUAUAUGAGUGAGUAAAUAAAAAAUGUUAUUGAACCAUCUGAUUUACUUUCUUUUAGACACCCGAUGGACAUGUUUCCUUAAAACAUUGGUACGCUCUCCUAGCUAUUGAAAAUUCCCAAAGCAUAUAAUUUAAAAGUAAAUUAUCACUUAAGGGAAGAGCAUAUUAAUCCGCAAUACUACCAAAAAAUGAAUGUUGCUCUAGCGUUUCAGUUCUUUGGAGUUGCUGAUAGUAUGCAAAUCUUUCAAGAUAAACAUCCGGAUCUUACAGAUUGUGAGGGAUCUAUAAUGUUUUGUAGAAGGAUUAAGUCACUUAUUACCGCCAUGAAUAGCAGAACGCCUUUAAAUAGCUUAAAGCCAGGCAACGAAAUGUGGCAGGUGAUUAUUAUUGACUAAAUUGCAACUCAACAAUGAAUAGUUGAGUUGCAAUUUAAAAAGAUGCUCCUCCUUGCUCUCUAUUGGUAUUUAUAGGGAUGAGGGUAAUGCAUAAGCAUAGGGAAGGUUCUGGCCAAUCAGGAUUUAAGGAGGGUGUAUGUCUCAGCGGGGGUGGCUCCCCUUUUAUUAGUCAUGUUCCUUAGUACGUGUCCCCUAGCCUGGCCGGCUGUAAUAGUUUUCUUUAUUGUAAUUUCCCUCAUUGUCGUAUCGAUUUCCGCUUAUUUGGGUCGUUCGGCUGAGAUUUAUAGCUUCCUUAUUGUUUGGUAGAUCUGGGGUGUCUCCCCCUGUUUGACCUGGUUUAUUCAGGAUUGACGCCCUUUCAUCUGCCGUCGCGUGUGUUAGUGGCUUGGUCUCCGUUAUGCCUGCCUUGGAACAGUUCCAUUUACCGUGGUGAGGUACUCCUUUGGUCGAGCGUGGUAUUCGCGUGAGUGUUGACCGGCCAGUUUAGAUCAUAGUAGUCUCUCCCCUUCCGAUUUUUAGUCGGUGUGGUGGACGUACCUCCUUGUUUUCCUUCUUGACCGUGGUGUUUUCCUCUAAUUGGUUCUUUUUUGCGGGGGUGAAUCCAUUCCUUUGGGUCUAUUCGGAAAAUUCGUCGCCCGAUUGGUUUCUCACUUUUCUUCGCCUCCUCGGUCCUUCUCGGGGUUCGCCUACCUGUGUCCCUUUAAAAAGGCCCCCGGACUGCUCAUUCCGCACUCAGUUUCUCGCCUUCUGCUCCUCCGUGAUCUUCCUACCUGUUCGAGAUCUUCGCCACAGUAGUGCUUUGUGCUGGUAUCCUGGUUCGGUUUGCGCGGGCCAUGAUCUCUACUCUGGCUCCGAUCUUCGAUCCAGUGGUUCGUGUCCUUAGUUGGCAUCGUCCUGCCUGGGUCCCCUCGAAGCCUGUAGGUUGGGCCGACCGUCAGGUCCCUGUUACGCCAUCGCCCUCUCCGGCUUCUGAUUUUGAGGACUUCCCGGAGGAAGAGUCCCCUUUGUUCACUCUACCUUGCCAUACCCAGACUCCCUGGUGGAUUGACAUCGGGUCUUUUUGCCCCUUAUGCCGUCAGCCGCGCCACACUCCUCCGACCAUCGAGCGGGAGUACUACCGUGAUUAUGACAGAUUCGUCUUUGAUUCCCGGUUCCCUGUUGUUCGGGACUCCUUCCCUGACUCCUGGAUUGAGUGUCACCACGAGUCCUGGGAGGAUCACGCGGCCUGGAGGAUCUGCUCGAUCUGCCGUUGCCGCCUUGAUCAUCCACUCCACAUGAUGCGUCUCCGGGGCAAGGGCAAUUGGAUCCGCAUUCCCAGUCACAAGUGCUGUCCAGCGACGAGCGACGCCGACUUGUUUUGAGAUUGUUGUAAUUGCGUUCUGCGUGUGAUCAUAAUGUAUUUUGUACUGCGUGCUUUUUUAUAUUUUCGUAAGGGUACUCC